AUGCCCUGGGCAUCCAGCGGGCCAGCCCUGCCCGUCUUGGUGCUCCUGGGAAUCCUGGCGGCCGUCAUGUCGCUCCUGUCGUCGCAGCUCCUCUUCCAGCUCCAGGCGGGUCGCGCCGAGCUGUGGGGCCGGUCCCUGGGCAUGGAGGGGGCGGCCGAGGGGGCCGCCGGGGUCCUGCUGCCCUUGGGUUCGGCGCUGAGCGCCCUCUGCCUGGUGCUUAACCUCUGUGCGCUCUUCUUUUGCCUCCUGCUGUGCCAUCUCAGCGCCGAGCUGGCACGGACCAGCCCAGAAAGGGCUGACUGGUUCCUGGUGGACAGCCGCUGUCUCCGGCAUGUCGCCGUCGGCUUCUUCUGCUGUGGGGUCUCGGUGUACUUAGCAGCUCUGUCUAUCUACGUGCUGCUGCUGUUUGAAAUGGAAACGGGGAUUGUCAGUGCCUGCAUCCUGUCCUCUGGUAUAGUGGUCCUGUUAAUCACCCUCACCCACAUCCUGCUCAGGGCGUCGAAGGCCUCCCACCGUCGCCUGCCUGAGCCAGCCCCCACCCUCUAUGAGAACAGCACGACCCGCCCCCCCAGGGACCUCCACAAGCAGGCCCCAAGCUGCAGGGCUCGACCUGAUAUCCACCGGGAGUUCUCCUACCCUCAUUUCCUGGAGGCUCGACCUCACCUGGCCUCCUCUUCACUGCCCCCCGGGAAUCCUGUGCCCGCUGAAGAGGGUGACCGCGGGGCACCCAGGAUGCACCGGACGCUGUCAGCAGAGUCAGGGCUGCUGGGGGCCCGGGCCAGACCCUGGAAUGGGGUGGCUCAGGAGAUGAGGGGGGUGCUGAGUCGAAAGGCUGGCAGCUCUGGGAAAGACUCCACCCUGGUGUGA